AUGAAGAAACUGAAGGGUUCGGAAGUGGCCAGACACAACAACAGGCGGUCGUGCUGGAUCGCUUUGUACGGCAAAGUCUACGACAUUACAGAUUUUCUCGACGCACAUCCGGGCGGGCCACAGGUCCUUCUGAGAAGCGCAGGCCAAGAUGCCACGGCUGAGUACGAGAGUGUACACAGUCCAGACUUGGUGGAAGAGACACUUCCAUUCACCUCAUAUCGCGGGGUUGUCGACUCGGACACCAUCCCCGAGGCCCAGUCGACAACAAAACGCAGACCGCAGCAGAAACGAAAGGCACCUUUUCCGCCAUUGAGGUCAAUGAUCAGUGUCAAUGACUUCGAAACUAUUGCAAAGCUAUACCUCAGUCCAGCCGGAUGGGCCUACUAUUCAUCCGGGGCGGACGAUGAACGUAGCAGAUACGAAGCUGCUCGUGCAUUCUGCAAGUUGGUGCUGCGUCCCCGGGUCCUUCGCAACGUGGAUCAAGUUGAUACAAGAACUACUAUUCUCGGCCAGAACAGCAGCAUGCCGGUCUACGUUUCGCCUUCGGGGUUAGGAAAGUAUGCACAUCCGGAUGCAGAAUGCGCGCUUGCUUCUGGUGCUGGGAAAGAAGGGCUGAUACAGGUAAUACCCACGAGUCCCAGCAUGCCGAUCGAGAAGAUCAUCAAUUCCAGAGUUAGCGAGAGUCAGCCUGUAUUUUUUCAGCUCUAUUUCAAUCGCGACCCCCAGAAGGCGGAAGCUCUGAUUCGUCGAGUUGAGAAACUGGGUGUGAGCGCAAUAUGGUUGACGGUGGACUCGCCUGUUCUUGGGAAGCGGGAGCGGGACGAUCGAUUGAAGGCUCAAAUCAGUAAAGAAGAUGAAUUUGGCACACUCGAGGAACAACAACCCGGCGUGGCAAAAGUGGCUUCCAGUGGUCUGCUCAACCCGAGGUUGACCUGGGACGACAUUGCUUGGAUCCGUCAGGUUACGAAAUUGCCCCUGGUUCUCAAAGGGAUUCAGAGCGUAGAAGAUGCCCUCCUUGCGUAUGAGAAGGGGAUCGAGGGAAUUGUCCUGUCUAAUCACGGAGGUCGAUCCCAAGACACGGCCCAAGCGCCGAUGGUCACCCUGCUAGAGAUCAGACGAUAUGCCCCACACCUGAUCAAUGGCCGAAUGGAGGUGUUCUUGGACGGCGAGAUUCGUAGAGGCACGGACAUCCUGAAGGCGCUGGCGUUGGGGGUGCGGGCAGUCGGGCUUGGGCGACCAUUCCUGUUCAGCCUCACCGGUGGUUAUGGCGAAGCUGGGUUCAGACGAAUGGUCCAGAUCCUGCGAGAAGAGCUCGAGUGCAAUAUGGCGCUAGCAGGGGCCACCAGCAUCGGUGAACUGGUUCCGGAGAUGGUCAAUACGCAGAGACUGGACAAGGAAGUUAUUGGUUCCAUCAAGUUGUGA